ACAAAACAUGCAUACAUUAUAAUACAACCGAUAUUCGCAUUACUCCCCAGUGUUUUGGUGUUCUGUGCUUAAGUGAAUUUAAUAAGCAUUCCAUUUCAUAUUUUAUGCAUAUUUCAAAUUAUUGUUAUUAUUUUUUUUUUUCAAUUUAGGUAUAAUUUUCAAAUUUAUUAAAAUUGCAUAAGUGUAAAGUUAUUCCCAAGCAUACUCAUUUAGUGCAUAUAGCACUUAGACGUAUUGAAUUAGAUUUGUGUGUAUUUGUGCAUACACUACAACAAAUGUCGUCCAUAUUCCUCAUGUAAUCACAUAUUUGCAUAGACUGAACAUUCCAGACAACGCUCUCUUUCUGUAGAAGGAGAGCUUCGACAAAUAAACCACAACUCAAACAAGGAAUAUCAACAGCAUCCUGCUCGUAUUGCGUGCAGGAAUAAAAUACGUACACAUACCAACACACCAGACACAUCCAGGAUGGGGCGGCUGUCACAAACGCUGGCCGUCCUGCUGCUGGUGGCCGUUUUAGGCUCUUCAACUGCCGAGAUAAAUUCACCGCCUCGCAUCAUCAAACAACCGCCAACAGAUGAACUGCUUUUCAAAGUCGCAGUACAAAAUAAGGAAAGUGAUAAACCAUUCAUCAUCGAAUGUGAAGCUGAAGGAAAACCAGAUCCAAG